UACAAUUUUUUGCACAAUGGUUAAGCAAACCUCAAUACAAGUAAAAAACCUAAGAUAUUCACCAACAUGAAACCAUCUUGUGGUUGCAUUUGCUUUUUCUUUCUAAAUAAUUCUAUUUUCCAUGCCUCUAUGCUAUUUACAAAAUUUCAAAUGAUUGUAGAGAAACAUCAAGAUAUGAAAUAAUAUCAACUCAUUUAUCUAAUGCUCUUCCCUACUAUCACAAUCAGUUCAGAAAGUUUUUUUUCCAAUGAAAAAACCAAUUAGUUAUUUAUUUAAUUAAUACCGUUCUCAAUAUUUUUAGUAGGGUGAUCAAGGAUUCCUUGACAUGAAGACAUAUUUUAUGAGCAAAAUAGUUGACAUUUGUUACCACCUGCUGUUGCCCUUAAUUUGUGCACCUCACCCUUCACAAGUUUUUAGUUAAUCUGACGUGGCAACUGUGAAGAAAACAAAUGUUUGAAAUCAUACAUCUCUUCAUCCUUCAUUUGUUUUCUAAGUUUGCAUUUCUAUUUUCUAUUUGUUAGGGGAAGAGUAGCAACUGUGCUUUUACCACAAAAGACUACCCAAUAGAAAUAGAAAAGUCUUAAUUACAUUAUGCAGGAACGGCCUUUGGAAGCUUGCUUAUUGGCUUACACUUUGUCCCUUUUAUUUUAUUCAAGUUAAAAAAAAGAAAAAAAAAAUUGUUAUUUAUGAUGGAAAUUCAAUUUGUAUUGCAACUAUUAUGUGCAAUCUGCAAUCAAAUGAUCAAAACACACAAAUAUAUACAAAUAUAUACAAAUAUAUACAAAUACAUGAAAAGCAUUCUAUUGUGAAAUGACAAAAGCCUUAUAAUUAAAAUAAAUUCAACAUGAUCAAUUUAAAUCCAUUAUUUACACAAACAAUAAACCUUUUGUAUAAUGCCCAUUAAUCGCCACAAUUGUUUUUUCCAUUUAUUUAAUCGUCAUGAUAAUGACUUGUCAACAUGCAAAUUCAGAUGUAUUAACCAAAAACAUAAAGAGUGGUAAAACUUCUAGGGUAUGUAGUUUAUCCCCAAAGCAUGACAAAACCUCCAAGAAUGAUUUGACAAGAGACAAUGUUGUAUGUGUUAAAAAAAUAGGAAAAAAAGACUUCACCAUAUGUUUGUCUAAGCUUUCACAAAGUCAAGUAGACUCAAAUGGUAAGUUGAAACCUAAAAUGCCUAUGUCAAUUAUUAUACAUUCAAGCCCAAAAUGUAAAGUUGACCCACAUCCAUGUUUUGAGACAUUGGCGGAUAAAAAAUCAAAUGCUGUUGUUAACACAGUUAAAAAGAAAUUAAGCUAUACAAUUGACUCACCUGCUGACAAUUUGAAAAUCUCAUUGAUGGGCGAUAGUCUUGAUGAAACAUUUAAAUCCAAAGCUCCUCUUUAUCCCAUGAUGUUGCUUAAAGGUGGUGGACAUGGAUCGGUGCCCAACUCUCAUACAUGUCAAAAGUUUUCAAACCCUCAAGCAAAAUGCUCUUUUGUAUCUCCAGAUACUUUAGAUUCUUCUAAUUCUCAAGGAAAUGACGUGAAUGUAAAUUUGCCAAGAACUGGUGUUAAGUUGAAUAUAAAGAUAAAAAGCAAUGAUGUUAAUGUUAACUAUGGUAGCCCCACAAAUAAUCUCUGUAGCCCUAAAAUUCAUGAUAGCCCAAAAUAUGAAAGCAAAAUUUGCGACAAAAGUUGCAAUAAAAACGAAAGAUCAUGUCCAUCUGUAAAAUUAGGAGGUUAUUUGCAACCCACAAUAUCAUCCACUAUUGCAAAUAGGAAUGAGAUUUAAGGUUGAAAAUGUGUUUAAUCUACCUGAAUUGAAUGAUAAUACUUAAUUACUUGAAUUCUGUAUGAAUGUAGAAUGACGCAGCUAAAAAAAGAAAUGUCAAUCAAUUCAACACUCAUACAUGCACCUGCUCCACAUCCACCAUUUGUAAAAUUUUGAAAAUUAAAAAUAGAAUUGAUUACAUUUAAGUUUAAAAGACAACGUUAUUCAUUGCAUUAAAUUUAAAUGUGUUUCUUUGGAAAUCUAAGUAUUCUAUUUUGGUUUCAGAAUGAGUAUUAAACAUACAUAUCAUUAAAAAUGACUACAACAACAUGUUUUUGCUAUAAUUACUCGUGGGAUUAUAAUUCAUUUAAUGAAAUCAAGAUAGGCAGCCUAUUCUUAGUUUUCUUUUCAAAAACAUACAAAAGGAAAUAAAUUUAUCAAUAUUUUUAAAAAAUUUUCCAACAGUACAUAAUGUAGUAAAAUUAGAUAAUAAUCAGGAUUUGAAAUGAAUAAAUGAAUUACCAUAUUUACAAAAAAAACAUAUAUAAAUACAUUGAAUUCAUUA